AUGCCUCUUUCCGGACACUGCCUUUGCAAAGCCGUCACGUACACCGUCGACGUGGACGCGCCCCUCAUCACCGCCUAUGACCACUGUGAUGACUGUCAGCGUCAGAGCGGUUCGACCUACUCUCUGGUCACCGUCGUCCCCAAGGACAAGCUGACCAUCAACGGACCUACCAAGAGCUGGGCCGGUAAGGGCUCUUCCGGUCACGCCGUCCACCGCAUCUUCUGCUCCGAGUGUGGCUCCCCCAUUGCUCACGACCCCGAUGCCGCCCCCGAGAUCAUUGCCAUCAAGGCUGGAACCCUGGACACUGAGAUCAAGAAGACCCUGAAGCCGGACACCGAGAUCUGGACCGUCAGCAAGCUUCCCUUCUGCCAGGAGUCCCUGGCUCACCCCUUCAAGAACAUGCCCGAGUAA